GGCGCGGACUGCAGCAGGAAGUGGGAGUAAAGGCGGCCCCCGGCGGGCUGGCGUGCGGGCUCCGGCCGUCACUUUGCCGAGUCGCGGCUGCUGCUGCGGGUACUUGGGGAGAUGGAGGGGCCAGGGCUGGGUUCACAGUGCAGGAAUCACAGCCAUGGCCCCCACACUCCAGGAUUUGGUCCACAUGGCAUCUCUACCCAUGAAAACAAAGAACUUGCAAAGGCAAGAGAAGCUCUUCCUCUUAUAGAGGACUCUAGUAACUGUGAUAUUGUAAAAGCUACUCAAUAUGGAAUUUUUGAACGAUGCAAAGAGUUGGUAGAAGCAGGAUAUGAUGUCAGGCAACCAGACAAAGAAAAUGUGUCGCUUCUUCAUUGGGCUGCUAUUAACAACAGGCUGGAUCUUGUAAAGUUUUAUAUUUCAAAAGGUGCUGUUGUAGAUCAGUUGGGUGGAGAUUUGAAUUCAACUCCUCUUCACUGGGCCAUCAGACAAGGACAUUUACCUAUGGUCAUAUUAUUACUACAGUAUGGUGCAGACCCCACUCUCAUUGAUGGAGAGGGUUUCAGCAGCAUCCACCUGGCAGUAUUAUUUCAACACAUGCCUAUCAUAGCAUAUCUAAUCUCCAAGGGGCAGAGUGUGAAUAUGACAGAUUUAAAUGGACAGACACCUCUCAUGUUAUCAGCUCACAAAGUAAUUGGGCCGGAACCCACUGGAUUUCUUUUAAAGUUUAAUCCUUCUCUCAGUGUUGUUGAUAAAGUACAACAAAACACUCCACUUCACUGGGCAGUUGCAGCAGGAAAUGUUAAUGCAGUUGACAAACUUUUGGAAGCUGGUUCUAGCCUUGAUAUUCAAAAUGUUAAGGGAGAAACACCUCUUGAUAUGGCUCUCCAACACAAAAAUCAACUCAUCAUUCACAUGAUAAAAACAGAAGCCAAAAUGAGAGCCAACAAAAAGUUCAGACUUUGGAGGUGGCUACAGAAAUGCGAGCUCUUCCUCCUGCUGAUGCUUUCUGUAAUUACCAUGUGGGCUGUUGGAUGCAUAUUGGACUUCAAUUCAGAUUCUUGGCUUUUAAAAGGAAGUCUUCUAGUAAUACUGUUUUUUCUGACAUCUUUGUUUCCAAGGUUAUUGGUUGGAUAUAAGAGCCUCGUAUACUUGCCAACAGUCUUUCUGCUAAGUUCCAUUUUUUGGAUAUUUAUGACCUGGUUCAUCUUUUUCUUUCCUGAUUUAGCAGGCACUCCUUUCUAUUUCCCUUUCAUUCUUAGCAUAAUAGCCUUCCUCUACUUUUUCUAUAAGACCUGGGCAACUGAUCCAGGCUACACUAAGACUUCUGAAGAAGAGAGGAAAAUGAAUAUCAUCACACUUGCAGAAACUGGCUGUCUGGGCUUCAGAACAUUUUGUACAUCAUGUCUUAUAAGGAAGCCAUUACGGUCAUUCCAUUGCCAUGUCUGCAAUUCCUGUGUGGCUCGAUAUGAUCAACACUGCCUGUGGACUGGACGGUGCAUAGGCUUUGGCAACCAUCAUUAUUACGUAUUAUUCUUGUUCUUCCUUUCUGUGGUGUGUGACUGGAUUAUAUAUCAAUCUUUUGUGUAUUGGUCAAAUCAUUGCACCACAACGUUCAAAGAAGAUGGACUAUGGACCUACCUCAAUCAGAUUGUGGCCUGUUCCCCUUGGGUUUUAUAUAUCUUCAUGCUGGCAGUUUUCCAUUUCUCAUGGUCAACUUUUUUGUUAUUAAAUCAACUCUUUCAGAUUGCUUUUCUGGGCCUGACCUCUCAUGAGAGAAUCAGUCUGCUGAAGCAGAGCAGACAUAUGAAACAGACUUUGUCCCUCAGGAAGACACCAUACAACCUUGGAUUCACACAGAACCUUGCAGAUUUCUUCCAGUGUGGCUGCUUUGGCUUGGUGAAGCCCUGUGUAGUAGAUUGGACGUCACAGUACACCAUGGUUUUUCACCCAGCUAAAGAGAAAGUUCUUCGCUCAGUAUAAAGAAAAGCAGCCCUAAACUCUCACUCUCAUUUGUUUUUGUUUAUAUUGAUGCCUUGUGGUUCAAAAGUGAAGAUCUAGAGUUCACAUAAGCCCAAAGGAAAACACAGGUGGUUUUUUUUUUUUAAACCAUUUGGUAAAAACAGAAGUUCUCGAUAAAGGUAUUGCACUUUUUUUUUUUUUUUAGAUUUGACAAGAUGGACUGUUCCUAUAAAAUCUUGGCAGAUCUCUAAAAAUCUUUUACAUUUUUUACCAGAAAAUGCAAGUUACUUUUAAAAAAAUAGAUAUUAAUUAUGAAUAAAAUGGAGUAUUUUCAGAUAUUGUAUUGGCUAUUUCAAAAUAGUACUUAUUCUUUAAACUUGUAAUUUUUGAUAAA